ACGUGGCCGCCACGCUGCAUGACACGUGAGCACUUCCGGAAAGCUGAAGGGUGGGACAGGCGGAAGCUGCGUCUGGCCGUGCUGGUAUUUUUCUCUGGCUGAGCAGUUGGACUGAUAUUUAUCAUUCAACAUGCCGGCUUAUCACUCGAGCCUGAUGAUCCCUGAAACCAGGCUGGUGGGGAACAUGGCUCUGCUCCCCCUCAAGACUCAGUUUAAAGGACCAGCCAGAGGAGACGGCAUAGACUCGGAUAUCAUCGACGAGGCUAUUUACUACUUCAAGGCCAAUGUCUUCUUUAAGAACUAUGAAAUCAAGAACGAAGCCGACAGGACUCUGAUCUACGUCACACUUUACAUUUCUGAGUGCCUGAAGAGGCUACAGAAGUGCAGCUCCAGGGGACAGGGAGAGAAAGAGAUGUACACCCUGGGUAUCUCUAACUUUCCCAUUCCAGGAGAGCCUGGUUUCCCUCUGAAUGCAAUGUAUGCCAAGCCUGCCAACAAGCAGGAGGAAGAGACAAUGAGGGCAUAUCUUCAGCAGAUCCGUCAGGAGACUGGCUUGAGGCUAUGUGAUCGCGUGUUUGAUCCCCAGACAGACAAACCCAGCAAGUGGUGGCUCUGCUUUGUCAAGAAGCAGUUCAUGAACAAAAGCCUGUCGGCUCCCGGACAGUAAACGGCCAGGGACCUGCACUUUCUGUUUCACACUUGCAAAACAGAUGGAUCGGUUUUGGGGGAAGGGCCGGGGGAACAGAUGAGACUGCUUUUGUGUUGAAAAUUUUAUACCCUUUGAGUUUGAGAAUAUUUCUUCCACUGUCUGGAUGUCGAUCAUAUUGAGCUGGUGCUUAAUUCAAUAAAGCAAUUAUGGAGAUUGGAAAGU